UGCUUCAUUGUUGUUUUUGCUGGCUAAAAGAAAAGUUGUUCGGUCGCGGAGAGUUUUCUUUCGACAAAAAACGGGGAAUAGAGUUUUAAAAGCUUAAGAGGCCAAAAACAAAACAAAAAAGGUGAAAUAAUAUUAUUAUUAUUGUUCAAUGCAUUUUGCUGAUUAAAGUGAGUGAGCAGUCGUGUUGAGCAAAACCGGCGCCGGUGGAAAAUCUCUUGAAAAUUUUCAAAACAAUUUCAAGUUACAAAGACAAGUGCAAAUGCUGUGAAAUGUGUUCAGCUCUUUAAAUUUGUUUAAACAAUUUGCCUAUUCAACUAUUGUUUUAAUACAACUAGUGAUAAAUUCGUGCCUAACCAAAAUACGCGGUCUUGGCAAAAACAACAGAAAAUUAAUAAGCAAUAGGAAUAUACAUAUAUAUAUAUAUCAGUGACUGUGCGUGUGUGUGAAAGAGAAAGAUAGACAGAGGCGAAUCAGAAGAAGAAGCGGCAGAAACAAAAUCAACAAAGCGGCAGCGGCAACAUGGCGACUGAAAUUGAUGAGCUGAUUGAACAGCUGAAGACAACGAGCGUCAGUCCGUCGGACAAUACAACAACAUUGCUCUGCGAAAUAUCCGCCACCAAGGAUCCAAAAUUAUUCGACAAACACGAGUUGGCCGAAUGUUUUCUCAGCCUAACCCAAUGUGGGGACACAAAUGUAAGGAAAGAGGCAGCCAAAUGUAUAGCCGAGAUAACCAAAUCGGAAGUUCAACGCAAAAAGUUCACCAAGCGUGCCAUAAUAGCUGCUUUUCUCGAUUGCCUGCGUCAAGUGCCCACUCCAGAUGGCAGCAUGGAGUUGCCUAUCCAGAUAUGCCGAGCUCUGGGUAAUAUUUGCUAUCUGAACGACGAGGCCAGAGAUCUCAUAUUGGAGCUCGAAGGCGAUGCUGUACUCUUACAACUCUUGGAUAUAUCUGAUAUUGAGGAUGUGAGCAAUGCGGCACAAUUUAUCAAAGUACGCGGUGGUUUGCUUUCCAAUUAUUUACUAGGCGGCGAAGGAUUAGCCAAACGGGCUAUGGAACUGGGCAUUAUGCAAAAAUUGCAAAAGAUAAUCGAUACUGGAGCCUCGAAUGUGGAACAGCAUGAGGAUUUGCUACUAAACACUUUACCCUUGCUCAGCAUACUCACUGAGAAUGUGGCCGAUUUGAAUUUCGAAUCGUCGCUGAAUAUACAAUUAUCCAGAAUAUUGGCUGCUUCCACGAAUCCAGAUUUGGCUGAAAUGUGUCUCGAAUUGUUGCACUAUCAGGCCGAAAGUGAUGAGGUUAAACUUUUAUUGGCCAAAGAUGGUCUAUGUGAGACCAUAUACAAUCUGCUGGAGAAGUACAAGACCCUGGCCAGUACCAGUGAGGCGAGAGCUCUAAUGAAAUUGGCCUGCGAACUUAUUGUUUUAAUACUAACGGGAGAUGAAUCAAUGCAUUAUUUGUAUACGACAUCAUUGCUGCAAAAUAUGGUCGAUUGGCUGGAUUCGUCGGACAUUGAUCUGUUGACCACAGGUGUGUUGGCUUUGGGUAAUUUUGCUCGCACCGACAGCCAUUGCAUUUACUUUGUGGAGCAAAAGACUAUGAAUAAACUGCUAGAGGUUUUGGCCAAAAAUAAUGGCGUAAAAGAUGAUGUACGCCUGCAGCAUGCCUUGUUGAGUGCCCUGCGUAACUUGGUUAUACCCAAGCCGAAUAAGAAUGCCGUGAUUGAGGCGGGUCUGGUGGAAACUAUAUUGCCCAUGCUGGAAAUUCACCAGCCACCGGUGGUAUUUAAACUGUUGGGCACCCUCAGAAUGACUGUGGAUGGUCAGGAAAAACUCGCCUUGGAGCUGCUGAAGAAUAAAACGCUUAUCGAACAGCUUGUACAUUGGAGCAAAUCAUCGGAUUAUGCUGGGGUCACGGGUGAAUCACUUCGUCUGAUGGCCUGGCUGGUCAAACAUGCGUAUCUCAGUAAAAUUGCCUAUGCCCUGCCCCGUAAAGGAGACGCCCCAGCCGAACAAAUUGCCGACAAGAUACCCCUCAGCCAGGACUAUGAUCGCUCUAGUCUUAGUGAAUUCUUGUCCAAUGGUGGCACAGUUGAGGCUAUGGUUAGCAUGCUGACAGCUCAACAUUUGGUUAUGCAAAAUGAGGCCUUAAUCGCAUUAUGCAUCCUCGCUGUGGUCUAUCUAACACGUGAUCUCGAAACGGAACAGUCAAAGCUUUUGCAGGAUGAUCUAAUCAAAUGUGAAGUGGGUAAAAAAUUGGCUGAACUUAUAAGUAAAUCAUCGGAUAGCAUGACCAAGGAAAUUGUAGAGAAUCUGCAAAACUGUGUAAAUCUUCUGAAGACCUCCGAGAAACUGGUGGCCCAUCUGGAAGAGAAUAAUAUUAAUGAGCUAUUGAAAUCUAUACCCAUACUCACCGAAUAUUGCACAUUGUAAGGAACCACAAGAAGCCUAUAGUCCUCCAACUUAAUAUAGAGCAACGAUUCAGAUUUAGACUUUAUUGUAUGUAGUUUUAAAACACACACACCAACACACAGCGGAAUGUAUUUUUUUAGACGCAAGCGUAUUUCGACUGCAUUUACCAGAAAAACAAAAAACAAAACAAUGAAAAUAAAACAUACGUAUGAA